GUCUUUAAAUUUAGUUAUCUAUAUUGGAUAUCGUAAACCUCAAGUAUUUUUUUGAGUUGGAUCAGAUUGAAUUUAUGAUCAGACAAUGGAUUUUGGAUAUUUUUCCCAUCCCCUUGUGGAAGUAUAAGUUACCUACAUCUGGUUUGGAAAAAAUAGCUUUAAUUUUAUGGAAUUAACUAUAGUUAUUCUUUUGCGCCCAAAUGUGAUAUAUAAAAUGGUGGAAGAUUGAUAGAUAAGAUUCCGUCCCUUUCGAGAAUUCUGGAAUUCUAAAUUUAACAUAUAAAUAUAUUAAUAUAAAAUAUAUCAGCAUCUAGACAUGGCCCCUUUACUAACAUAUAUAUAACCCUCUACACAGUUUCCUUGUCCUCAUCAAAAAUCAACAAGCUCAUUGUGAAGAGCAGGCAUACAAACAAAUUUACACACACACAAAAAAAAACUAAAACCUAGUUCAUAAACAAUCAUCAUCACAAUGUCUGGUGUGUGGGUGUUCAACAAGAACGGAGUGAUGAGGCUGGUUGAGAAUCCUUACAACCAAUCCUCCGGAGAUUCGUCGGACUCUACCUCCUCCGGUGGUAGCCAGCAGCAAAGGAUGAGGAGGAAGAUCCUUGUCCAUCUUCCGACCAGUGAGGUUGUCUCUUCGUACGGAUCUCUUGAGAGGAUCUUGAAGGGUCUUGGAUGGGAGAGGUACUACUAUGGAGACAACGCCGAUCAUCUCCUCCAGUUCCACAAGAAAACAUCCAUCGAUCUUAUCUCUCUCCCACGAGACUUCUCAAAGUUUAACUCUAUUCAUAUGUAUGAUAUCGUUGUCAAGAACCCUAACGUCUUCCAUGUCCGAGACAUGUAGUAGCCGAUCAUCAAAACUGAACUGGGUCAGUUUGAGUCUUGAUACUCUCCAAUCAUUCUCGCUGAUAUAUCUAUAUGUAUCAUGUAUAAAUUUGUUCGUGGUUUGUUUUAUUUUGUAUGUGUUUUGUGUUAGGUCAAUUUAUAGUGGUCUCAAGCUAGAGCCCUUCUAAUGACUCGUAUCAUUUUAUGAUUUUAAUGUAUUUGAAUGGUUGAUUUCAAAGUUGACUGUUAUAUAAUGCGAAACAUAUUAGUUUUGGUCCAA